AUGUCUCUCGAAUCUCCCCCCAACGAGAUUCUCCUCCAGGUGCUCAAAGACCUAAACCCACCUGGCGCCUGGGAUGAUUUGGCGGCAUAUACCCUUGCAGACGAAACGCUUCACCCCCCGCACUCCUACCAGACGCCCGGUUGGAAACCCUCAAGAUGCGUAUCGUAUACCGAGUCCGAUCGUUCCUGCCAGUACUGGGCAGCACUGCGAAAGGCAGACCUGGUUAUGCAGGGGAUUGUGGCUGGCAGUCAUCGUUUGCGUGAAGUAUCUUGGGAUAUAUUGGUCAUGCGUGCCAAGGGCACAUCGCUUCUGUCUUCAACGACUCAGGCUUCGGCUGAUUGUCUGACGUGGGAAAUGGUUGUGCGGGCGGUGGAUGAACGUGAAGAGGUCUACGGCCGCUUUCUGGAGCCUAUCUUUGAAGACGAAGAGGAAGAGAUGAGGAAGAGAGCACGUGGAGAGCUAUGCAACAUCAGUGCAGCGACUGUUUCAUUGCGAUUUUUUCUGUUGCCGUCCUCUGGCGAUAAGUCAAACGAGCAAAGCUUUUCAAUGGGCUACCAGAACGGCAGCAGACCAUUUAUGGAUUGA